AUGAAGUCACCGAUCCCCGAUUACCUCAACCAGGUGUUGAACGCCGUUCGUCCAAUCGAAGAUGGCGCGCCCGCCGGCUACAUUGAUGUUUUGGCGAAAGCUGACACGUCCAAGAUGGCAGUGGCCCUCGCCACGGUGGACGGCACCAUCUACUCGGCCGGCGACGACCAGGUAGAAUUCUCCAUCCAGUCCAUCUCCAAGGCCUUUGUCUACGCCAUCGCGAUUUACGAUGCCGGCAUCGACGGAGUCCUCGCCAAGAUUGGAGUGGAGCCUUCCGGAGAUCGCUUCAACGAGCUUUCUCUCGAGCGCGAGACCAACCGGCCCAUGAACCCCAUGAUCAACGCCGGCGCCAUAACCGCGCACUCCCUGGUGGGCGGCGUCAAUUCUACCGCCGAGGACCGCACCACCCGCAUUUUAUUGAUGUUGUCCAAGCUCGCCGGCCGGCAGCUUCACGUCGACGAAGAAGUCUACGAAGCCGAACUCAAAGACGCCUUUCGCAACAUUGGCCUCGCCUACAUGCUCAAGGCCGCAGGGAUCCUGAAUGCAGCCCGGAAGAUGCCGUCCGGGUGCUCCAUCAACGUCAACGUGCGGGACCUCGCCAUGAUGGCCGCCACCCUCGCGAACGCCGGGGUCCACCCCAUCACGGGCGAAAAAGUCAUUUCCCAGGGGAGCGUGCGUCAAGUCCUUUCCGUCAUGACCACCUGCGGCAUGUACGACGCCGCCGGCGACUGGGUCUCCAACAUUGGCAUCCCCGCGAAAAGCGGCCUCGACCACCACGGCAAUAGCGUCCGAGGCGUGGCCAUGUGCCAGCGCCUUUCGUCGGACAUGGGUCUCCACAUGAUGGACAUUAGCCAGAUUGGUCGGUCGACCGUCCGCAAGUCCGUCAUCACCUUGGAUACCGCGCCCGGUGCCGACGCCCACGGCCGGCUGGAAAUUCCCGUGCGGUCCGGUUCUCGGGCGCUGAGCUUCUCACGCACUGUUGCGCGGGAUCUCAACCAACCCGUCGAAGGUGAUCCGAGCUCGGGGUGCAACGCCGUAUGUCCUGCCGUCGUCUUCUCGCUCCGCGCCACCAUUUCCCUGAGCGCCGUUGCCCAGAGGAUUCUGCGAGAAAACAUCCGCCGGCUGCACGCCGAUUCGAAAAAGGUCUUCGUGGUCGAUCCGGCAAGGGUGCUGGAGGUGGACGAAAUGGCCGAGAACGAAAAGCCCGUCAUGGUUCGUACCGUCGACGACGUGAUGGCGCUCGUGGGGGCAAGGGCUGCCGCGUUAUCGCUGACGAGGGCGAUUGAAGUUCAUCUUCCAUGA